GAUCCGCCCCUUUUCAGCUACGUCAUCACGUUUGCGUCAGCACGUCUGUCGUCGUAACAGUCAGCUUUCUUUUGCAGUUCCUGACUUUGGCAAUCAGGGUCAGUCAGAAAAGGAGGACACCAUGCCGCUGAACCCUGUCAUCUCCAAACUCGCCAAUAAACUGGUCGUGCUGGCAAGUGCUUCUCCUAGGAGACAGGAUAUUCUACGUAAUGCGGGUUUAAAGUUUGAGGUGGUACCAUCCUGGUUCAAAGAAACUCUGGAUAAGGGACUUUUCAAAGCACCUCACGAGUAUGCUGUCGAGACUGCCAAACAGAAGGCCUUGGAAGUGGCCAGGAGGAUGCCCUUUAAACACCGGAAGACUCCAGACAUGGUUAUUGGAGCAGACACCAUCGUGACUGUUGAUGGGAUGAUUCUAGAGAAGCCUGUCGACAAACAUGAUGCUUACAGGAUGCUGUCAAGCUUGAGUGGUAAAGAGCACAGUGUCUACACUGGUGUAGUGAUACUCCUCUGCCAUGACAAAGAAAAUGAAGAAGUGGAUUACCAGCUUAUUGACUUCUAUGAAGAAACAAAGGUGAAGUUUGCAGAUCUGUCAGAAAGUAUGCUGUGGGAAUACAUCAAUAGUGGUGAACCCAUGGACAAGGCCGGUGGGUAUGGUAUUCAGGCUCUGGGGGGCAUGCUGGUGGAGUGCGUCCACGGAGACUUCCUAAAUGUUGUGGGGUUCCCCCUCAACCACUUCUGCAAACAGCUAGACCUGAUUUACAACCGAUCCACUUCCUCUUUAGACCUGGACAGUUCGUCUGUAAGCCUGAGUGAAAAUAGCCCUCACAGCAACAGUCACAGUUCUUCAGCCAAACACAGACCCUCUUCAUCCAGCUCCAAACAAACACAUCACAACAAGAAGAGCCCCUCAACCAGCCCCCUCCACAAGGUGAAGAGGAUCGGCAGUGACAGUGAAGCUAGUGAGAGUUCUCUGAAGUUGGUCAACAGCUCGUCUAAGCAUGCAGACAUCUCUGACACUACAACGGUACCACUGAUGACCAGCAGGGGGCAGCUGUCAGAGCAUGAGGACGGUGAACCCAAAAAAAAGGACCUGCAGAAAAUCAUGGAUUUGAUGGAUGGUUUCAAAGCUUCAAAGGCACUGUUUACAGCCUCCAAGAUGUGUGUGUUCGACCUGCUACGAAGCAAACCAGGGCUGGAUGCAGAGCAGGUCGCCCAGGAGAUCAAAGCCUCUGUGAAGGGGACUGUGUGUCUGUUAGAAGCCUGCGUGUCUCUGGGUCUAUUGAAAAGCAAAGAACAAAAUUUCCAGAAGCCGGUAUAUGAGAACACAGACCUGGCCUCACGUUUUCUACUAUCAGACGCUCCUUUCUCACUGCAUGGCUACAUCCAGCAUUGUGACAACACCAUUUGGCCUCUAUUCUCCCACCUGGAGAGCGCUGUGAAGGAGGGAGCCAGCCAGCAUGAUAAGGCCUUUGGAAAGAAGUCUAAGGACAUGUUUCAGGAUACCGUCUACUACAACCAAGAGGUCAAACUGAGAUUCAUGAACGCCAUGCACAGCAUCGCCAAAGUCACAGGAAGAGCAGUCGCAACAGCCUUUGACCUCUCCAGCUUCAAAACUGCCUGCGACCUCGGAGGAUGCACUGGUGCCAUGGCCUAUGAGUUUACUAAAGCCCAUCCUGGGUUGUCUGUGACUGUGUUUGACCUGCCUGCUGUUGUUGAGAUGAGUGAUCGCUUCACACCUCUGCACAAAGGCAACAGGAUGUCAUAUGUGGCAGGAGACUUCUUUGAAGAUGAGUUGCCCAAAGCAGAUUUGUACAUCCUGGCGAGAAUCCUCCAUGACUGGCCCGAUGAGAGAGUGCAUAUUCUGCUGAAGAGGAUCUCUGAUGCAUGCAGACCAGGCUGUGGAGUCCUGCUCAGUGAGAUCUUCCUGGAUGAAGACAGAGGCGGUCCGAGUCGUGGGCUGCUGCAGGCCCUCAGCAUGAGCGUGGGAAAACAGAGGAGCGCCACAGAGUACAGUCUGCUCCUGAAGAGCCAUGGGUUCAUCACGGCACACGUCAGACAUACAGACAACAUGCUGGAUGCUAUGCUGUGCAUCAAGGAGUGACCGAGAACUCACUCAAAGACUCAGAAACACUAUAUGGAAGGUCUUGUGAUAAACUGGAAUAUAGAUAAUGCUUUUUCAAAAUCAAGGAAUUCAAUAUUUUAAGUGAUGUGAUUAAGUAAUGCAGUGUCUGUGAAACAAUAAAAAGGGUUUGUUUUAA